GUACCUCUCUCUCUCUCUCUCUUGUCGUCUCUUGUUCGUUGAAUCGUUUAGACGUGGAAGCAGCUGAUUGUUUCCACUCUUCGAGGCUCGAAUUUUGAUAAAAUUGGAAGAGACUUAGGGUUGUGGUUGGUACAUGUACGAGGGGUUUUUCUCGUGAGAGGAAAUGGAUCGGUGGCACGCGUGAUUCUGGUGAUGGCUUCGUGCUUCGAUUAUGAUGAUGUAGGAAGAAUCAAGAUGCUGUAAGCACAAGAACCGUGGUCAUUCAACUCGUAAUUGGAUGGUUAAUGGACUGCGGCAUGUCUCGAUACGUCAUCUGCGGAUACUGGGAAAGGGCGGAGUAAGUUGUCAAGUAAUCAAGUAUCACAUGGAUUCCACUUGGUGGAAGGGAAAACAGGCCAUGACAUGGAAGACUACCAUGUAGCUGAAUAUAGAAAUGAAAACAAUCACGAGCUUGGUCUGUUUGCUAUUUUUGAUGGUCAUAUGGGGGAAAGUGUACCAAGUUACCUGAAAGCCAACCUUUUCAACAAUAUACUAAAAGAGCCUUUGUUCUGGAGAGAUCCUCAGUCAGCAAUGAAAAAUGCUUACUCCUCCACGAAUAAAUAUAUUCUUGAAAAUUCAAAGCAGCUGGGACAUGGAGGUUCAACAGCAGUUACAGCAAUUGUGAUUGAUGGCAAAGACUUGUGGAUAGCAAACGUAGGUGACUCCAGAGCUGUUGUGUGUGAAAGAGGUACAGCAAAUCAACUAACCAUUGACCACGAGCCCCAUGCUGAGCGAAGUAGGAUUGAGAAACAAGGCGGUUUUGUAACGACUUUUCCUGGUGACGUUCCCCGUGUUAAUGGCCAACUUGCGGUUGCAAGGGCUUUUGGUGAUAAAAGCCUCAGGGCACAUUUAAGUUCAGAACCUGAUGUAAGACACAUCCCAAUAGAUUCGACAAUCAAGUUUGUUAUACUUGCAAGUGAUGGAUUGUGGAAGGUAAUGAAGAAUAAGGAAGCUGUUGAUCUCAUAAAAUCUAUAAAGGAUCCCCAGGCUGCAGCAAAGCGUUUGACAACCGAGGCAUUGGCAAGGAAGAGCAAAGAUGAUAUUUCAUGCAUUGUGAUUCGUUUCAGAUGCUGAAGCCUACAGCACAAUCUUUGUGGAAAUCUAAUUUAGUCAGGAUUGGUUUUGGCCAGAAACCUGCACGCUUGCAUGAAAUACAUAGAUUGUUAGGGUUGGGGUUGCAAUCUGUCGCCUUUGUGCAUAUAUUAGAUUUCUUUUUCAUACAAUACAUAGAUUGUAUUUAUCAUCAUAGAUUAGUUAGAGUUCCUUUUCGUUUUUCCUUUUGCAUGUGGAUAGAUUGUAAUAAUCAUAAUAGUAUUGCGAUGGAUUUUGAAGGAAGCUGGACUUGCUUGAUCUAUCUAUAUUAGAAACAGCAGAUGUGCUGCUGUUGUUUGACU